UUUACUCGUCAUCAGGACAACCGACUGCGACUCGGUCUGACCGUUCAGUCGAGACUCAGGCCCAGAUGGGGGCGAUUGGGAGGGGACGGUAGAAACGCAAGUCUUGCUCCAACUCGAGCCUUGGAGGAUGUUGAGCUGAAAAACCGCCGGUUGACUCAGGUACCGAAGAAGAAGCAACGAGUCAAUGUCUAUCAAACAGAGCCUAGUCCUCGGUUGCGCAAAAGGCUGCUGACAACCGAGAAACCGCCAAAUGGUACCGGCAACCGAAACAACGCGGAUGACGCGUAUUCGGUGGUUGGUGAGAAAGAUACAAUUCUGUUGAACAAUCCAAUCGCCCUAUUUUCCCCGGCAACUAGUCAGGACUGCCGUUUGUGGAACAUGCAAGAGGCGAAGACGACCAGAUCUCUGAACUCGGUGUUACGUGAUCCGGACAAAAUGAAUUUGAGGAUAAGGCCACAUUUUCUGUUGACGCACCAAAAGUUCUAUGUCAUCCAACCUGCCCGAUACAGAUCAGAGGUUCGAAUUGACUUUCGCAGACGACUCGCUGACGAGGCUUCACUGGACGACAGUCGAUUUGACGACGUCUUCAGUGAAGAUGGUGGUCUAACUCUGGCCAAACUGGAGGCCGAAGCGGAUGCCAAGAGAAUGGAGGAGGAGAAUGAAGAGGAGGAAGAUGUGGCCUCAGUUAAAGCUAUUCCAUGCCGUGGCGUCGCCUCGCCCGAUUCUGAUAAUUCUCUCAAAAAGUGCCAAAUUGGACAGUUCAAGGUGAAUAUAGGACAGGGUUUAAGUCAUCGCCUGCAGCAGAGGCCUAAAAGAGACGCAAAAGCUCAGAAACACGCAGACGAAGUGGACAAGCAGAGUAGAGCCUAUUCCACAACCUUGCGAUCUCGUGGAUUUAAAAUGCAACGAACUCGUUUCUAUAACGGGGGCCAUGGUGCCGGUGACAAUUGUGGACUCGACGAUGGAUCGGAGGAGAAUUUCUCCGUUGUAAGACAGCUAGGCCGAUGUGUUUCGGGUGAGCUAUCGCAACAAAUUAAUCCGACAAGACAGCUCAAUGCCUUCUGUGACAGUUCUCAGUCUCAUCACAUCUUUUCGGGCUCUGGGAUUUCACAGUGCGGUCAAUUCGACUAUCAAAAAUCGAUUUCCAACGCCUCCCCGGAGGAAGUAUCCAAAGGCGAAAUGUUUCCAAGGUUAAGCGACUGCGAGACUUUGGUUGACAAGGCUUUAGAGAAGAAAAUGUGCGAACGGGAAAUACAAACUGAACUGAGCGGAAUGCAGGUUGGCUGA